AUGAACGACAAGGAAGAGCUCGAUGUUGAUGCAUGGUUUGCGUUUAUGCGUUCAGACGAACCUAUCAGCGACGAGCUGUCAAGAUUGGGGUGUCAAUACGUCGAGACGGCGUUGGCGGGUCACAAUGGAGCGGAUGUGUUCGAUGAGGAGGACGACAGUAUUGCUACGGGGAAGCAAGGUAUCUUCAAUUCGAUGUGGCCCAUGCUUGUAAGGAAAGGCGGGAAGUAUAUCCCAGGUUUCUCGUUCAGCAGCGCCAUCCUGGUUCAGAACCAUGGUCAAACAUCGGCAUCCGGAACCUAG